AUGCCCGCCGGACUCUUGCUCUACACCACGGCCACGCCCAACGGCCACAAGGUCUCCGUGUUCCUCGAGGAGCUCAAGGCCGCAUACGGCGUCGAAUACGAUGUCGAGAAGAUCGACAUCUCGAAGAACACGCAGAAGGAGCCGUGGUUCAUCAAGCUGAACCCAAACGGGCGCAUCCCCGUGCUCGUCGACCGCAACCGCGACAACUUCACCGUGUUCGAGACGGCCGCGAUCCUGCUCUACCUCCAGCAGUUCUACGACAAGGAGAACAAGUUCGGGUUUGACAAGGACAAGGCCCCGAACGACUACAGCGAGCUGCUCCAGUGGAUCUUCUUCGCGCACGGCGGUGUCGGCCCCAUGCAGGGCCAGGCGAACCACUUCAACAAGUACGCGCCGGAGAGCAUCCCCUACGCGAAGAAGCGCUACACCGAGGAGACCAAGCGUCUCUACGGCGUGCUCGAGAUCCGUCUGCAGGACCGCGACUACCUCGUCGGCCCCGGGCGCGGGACCUACAGCAUCGCAGACAUCAACGUUAUUGCCUGGAUCCGGUUCCACAAAAUUGCGGGCAUUGAGUCCCUCGACGAGUGGCCGCGCCUGAAGGACUGGGUCGAGCGUUCCACGGCGCGCCCUGCCUUCCAGGAGGGCGUUACCAUCCCCAAGUAA